AUGGAAACCUUAGACAAGGCAAUGAAAAUGAAGGAAAAAGUUGUGGAACAAGGGUCCCAAUUGAAGGUAGACGAUGAACGUACUUCUCGUGUUGUGUUAGAUCUCGAGCUUUUUAAUCCAGGAUCUUCUCGUACAAGUGAGUCAUCAAAAGAGGGGCGACGAUUAAAGCCUAAAGUAUUCACAUGCAGCUUUUGCAAGAGAGAAUUUUCGACUUCUCAAGCACUUGGAGGGCAUCAAAAUGCCCAUAAACAAGAGCGUGCAUUGGCCAAAAAACGACAUGGCCUAGUAAUGGAGGCUGCACGACCAACACCUCCUCCUCCUCUGGGCGGUGGCCAACAACCGUAUCCCUACCGUCCUUACUCCAACAUUCCUCAUCAUCAAACGAUCCCUUUUUGUGGCGCUUCGGAUAGAUCACUUGGUUGGGUUCGAUCUGAUUCCUUGAUUCAUAAACAAUCUUAUAAUCCAUGGUUUUCGUCUAACCAUGAAAAGUUGUCUAGGCCAAUUUUUCUGAACUCGUCGACAUCAUCGUAUGAUAAGCUGUUGGGGCAAAAUAAUCAAGAACUUCAAUUGGGACAUGCAAAUAGUGAUCAAAUUGAUGCAGCGGGAAUUGAUUUGAAUCUAAAGCUUUAA